AUGAAUACUCCAAAAACUGCUUCAUUUGAAGGAAAUAUCGAUAAUAGAAUUAUCGAUCAAACUUCUCAAACAUUUCGUCGUAUAAUUCUUCUAUCAAUACUUAUUGUCUUUUCAACAAUAAUUAUUCAAUGGUGGAUUAAACGUCGUCAACAUAGAUUAAGACAUUCUGGUAAAUGUCUUCUUCUAUGUGGUAUAAAAAAUUCUGGUAAAACUCUUCUAUUCAAUCGUCUUACAACAGGUAUUGAAAAACGCCCAUUUUAUUCCAUGUCAACUAAUCAUGGUGUAAUGACACUUGAUGAUUUUUCAAUUGAUCGUUUAAUUGAAAGAGUUCAUGUUAUUGAAAUUCCACAUCAUAUACGACGACAUCAACAUGAUUUAUAUGCAUAUAAAACAUCAGCUAAAGCAAUUAUAUUUGUUAUUGAUAGUACAUCAAUAGAAAAAGAUAUUAAAUAUGUUUCAGAUUAUCUUUAUAAUAUUUUACAUGAAGAAUAUUUUCGUGAACAACGAUUACCAUUAUUAAUAUUUUGUAAUAAACAAGAUUUAAAUACACAUGAUUAUGAUCAAGAAUCUAUACGUUGUUUACUUGAAGAAGAAUUAACAAAGAAACGUAAAAUAUCGAAUAAUAAUGAUAUUGGUCGAUUAGGAAAAGAAACAUUUGAAUUUGAUGAUGUUAAAGAUAUUCGAAUUGAAUUUGUUGAAGGUUCGGCAUUAGAUACACGAAAAAAAUUCAUUGAUAAACAUUAUGAAAAUGAUUCAGAAAAUGAUAGUGCAUCGCAUUUACUUAAAGUUCAUCAAUGGAUUGCUAGAAUUUGGUUUAAAUAA